AUGAUCGGCAGUAUCCACACCUACAGCUUCAAUGAUUCCAGAAAUGGACCAACAACAAUUUUGUUUUUUAUCUCAUCUUCAAGUGUCUUGGUAAUCCCCGCUUCCCCAAGUCUGACUUCACGUCUUUCGAAAGUCCUAAUCGUUGAAAUUGUUCAAAUGGUAUCCUGA